UCAAACUAUCUGCAGAAAAAGCGUUCAUAUCCUUGACAACCAACAAAAUGGCGGAUUCGCAGGAAGCAGAGCAACCAACACUUGCUGCAGAAGACAAUGCAUCUUCUGAAACUCCUGCCGAGACAAAAGCAGAUGAAGGCCUGGACGUGGAGGCGAAAGAUGAAGUCAAAGAAAGUGAUGAGCCACAGGCAGCCGUAGAACAGUCUGAAGCAGAUGAGCCUGCAGCAGAUAAAGCUCCUGAUGCCCCAGCAGAAGCCGAUACAACUGAACCCGCAGCUGAAGAGAGUCAAGCAGCACAGCCAGAUGAAGGAGGUGAACAAACUGAAGGUACAGCUGAACCGUCCGCUGAUGAGCAGAAACCUGCUGAUGGAGACGAGCAAGCUGCCGAAGCUGGUGACAUUCCUGAAGUAGUUACUGCACCAACUGAUGAAGUUGUUGAAGGAGAGACGGUUGAAGGGGAACAAGUUGAAGGAGAACAGGUUGAAGGAGAGAAGCCUGAAGGAGAAAAGGUUGAAGGUGAACAGGUUGAAGGAGAAAAGGUUGAAGGUGAACAGGUUGAAGGAGAAAAGGUUGAAGGUGAACAGGUUGAAGGAGAAAAAGUUGAAGAACAAGUUGAAGGAGAAAAGGCUGAAGGAGAACAGGUUGAAGGAGAGAAGCCUGAAGGAGAACAGGUUGAAGGAGAGAAGCCUGAAGGAGAACAGGUUGAAGGAGAGAAGCCUGAAGGAGAAACGGUUGAAGGAGAGAAGCCUGAAGGAGAACAGGUUGAAGGAGAGAAGCCUGAAGGAGAACAGGCUGAAGGGGAGAAGCCUGAAGGAGAACAGGCUCAAGAAGGCCAGGAUACUGAAGGAGCUAUGAAGGAAGGAGAUGAUGCGGAAGGAGGAGGUGCAGCUGCGGUAGUAGCAGAAGAAGGUGGUGAGGCUGCAGUAGAUGCCGGAGAGAAAGAUGCUGCAGCUGUAGAGGACAGUCAAAUACCAUUACCUCAGAGUGAUACCUUUGAUGAAGGGGAGAGACCAGAGAGUCCAGGCAUUGUUGGAGAAAAGCUGUCCCGUGAACCGACACCCGAUAAAAUUGACUUGGGUGAAGCUCUUCCAGGUUCUCUUAAACCAGAAUCACCAGUAGAUGAAUAUGGUACACCACUCCACCCUACAGUGUAUGAAGAGACUGAAGAAGGACUUGAAGAGGGCGGUGGAGGAGCUGGUGAUGAAGAAAUGGCAGAGGAAGAGGAGUUUGACAGAGAUGCCCUUGUAGAGAGAUACCACACUAUACUGGCUGAAAGGGAACAGCUACAAGCUCAGAAUUCACAGCUUCAGCACAAACUGGCAGAUUAUUUCCGCAAGAAGAAAGCGGAUGAGAGACAGGAUUACGACAAGAACCUGACUGAUCAAGAACAGAGAUAUCUUAAAUACAUGGCUCAGUUGGAGGAUUUGCGGCGACAAGACAUGCAGCAGCGUGAUCACUACCAGAUACAGAUUGAGGACCACAAGGAGAAAUGCGAGGAGAAACGGGCCAGGGUCGACGAGGAGAGAGAGAAGUUUAUGGUAUUCAAGCAAGAAGUUGCACUCAGUGCCAUUAACACUCGAUCUGGAAAACCCAUUCCGCCAAAGGACACCGAGCAGUACCUGAGCAAUGAAAACAAGAAGGAGCUGGAGGUCGUCAACGUCCGGCUGGAGAACAUAAAGCUGAAGAACAAACUCAAGAAGAAGGAACAACAGCUCAAGUCGAAGGAGGAACUUGCGGAAGGUUUACACUUGAUCGACUUUGAACAGCUCAAGAUAGAAAACCAGACGUACAAUGAGAAGAUAGAAGAAAGGAAUGAGGAGCUGCUGAAGCUGCGUAAGAAGAUCACGAGCACAGUGCAGGUCCUGACACAUUUGAAGGAGAAGCUGCAGUUCGUACAGGGCGAGAACCACGUUCAGCGGGGAAACCUCCGAGAGGUGGAAGCUCUAGCAGCACAGAAACGUGACAUUCUAUCAAGAACAAAACAGGCUCGUGACUCACUGAGAAUAGACAAUCAACGUCUACGUCAGAACUGUGGUCUUCUAGGUAAUGAGCCGCUGCUGAGAGAUUUUGAGGAACGUGUGGACGAAGCAGAGGAAUUGAGGAAUAAAUUGGAGGGGAUGAAAAUGAUUCAUGCAGAAAUGACCUUGACCUGUAACCAAGUCCGUAAAAAAAUUGAACAGGCUCGAUCAAGCAGAACAUAAACAUAUAUUAUAAUGUUCAGAUGUUGUUUUCUGCAGUUCAGUAUUACCAUUUACAGAAAUAUCAGUCAUGAAUGUGUUUUUGAAGCCAUCUUUUCAGAAUCAGUUUUGUAUAUGUCACGAUAAAGCCAAAAAUUUUUAUCAUUUUAUUAUAACACAAUAAACAUGCGUGUUGUUAUAAAUAUAAUGUUCCUUUUGCUGGAUAAAAAGGGAAACUUCUGCAAAUGAAAUAUGUCAAUUGUCAUACAAAUUUUGCAAUACCAAUAGAUAUUUUUACUAAUAAAGUUUUUUGUCAACAGUUAUUUUCUGACGUGUUGAUAAAAUAAAAAAAUAUAAUAAUAA